AUGGCCGAUCAAACAGGCAAGAUGGCAUCCGAUCACGUUGAGGACGCGGUCAGCCCUGACCUGCAGGAAGACAAGAUAACAAUGCCUAACAACAUCCCAUCCUUCUUGAUUGGCUUGUCUGUGGAGGAAAUAAAAGCUAUCGAAAAGAAGCUCGUAAGGAAAGUUGAUAUCAGAUUGUUGAUCAUGAUGGUUGUGAUGUACAUUCUCAAUUAUCUUGAUCGAAACAACAUUGCUGCUGCGAAAUUGGCGGGUCUAGAGAAGAGUUUGAAUCUUAAGGGAGAUCAAUAUCAGCUUUGUGUCAGCAUUCUUUUCGUUGGUUACCUUCUCAUGCAGGGUAUGAAUGCCGCCUUUCUAUUUGACGAUUCACUGCUCAUGAAAGACAUUAUAGUGCCUUCUAAUAUGAUUCUGAACAAAUUCGGAAAACCGUCCAUUUAUCUCCCAGCAUGCAUGGUUGUCUGGGGAGUCAUUUCGACUGCAACAGCCGCAACCACGAGUUUCAGAGGUCUGUUGGUUUGUCGAUUCUUCCUCGGAUUUGUCGAGGCAGCAUACUUUCCCGGUUGUCUCUACCUUUUGUCGUCAUGGUACACAAGAAAAGAACUCGUUAAAAGGACCGCUCUGUUGUACUCCGGAUCCCUACUCUCGGGUGCAUUUUCCGGUUUGAUCUCCGCCGGCAUUACUAGUGGUCUCAACGGCGCACGUGGCCUCGCUGCUUGGAAGUGGUUGUUCAUCAUUGAAGGAUCACUUACUAUUUUCGUGGCUAUAUUCUCCUUCUUCAUCGUACCCGACUUACCACGAACGACUCCAUGGUUGACCGAAGACGAGAAGAUCCUGGCCGCUUGGAGACUGGAGGUGGAUAUUGGUGAGGAUGAUUGGGUAGACAGCAAGCAUCAGUCUAUGUUCUAUGGUGCCAAGCUUGCAUUCAAUGUCAUGGCCGGUCUUGGCAGAAACAACAUUGACACCCUCCUCCUCACCACCCCUCCUUAUCUCAUCGGCACAAUUUUCGUCUUGAUUAAUGCAUGGCAUGCCGAUAAAACUGGCGAACGAUACCUGCAUAUCAUUUGCCCUCCAAUGCUCGGCAUUGUUUCGUUUAUUUUGUCUGUUUCGACGACUUCUUUUGCGGCUCGAUAUGUUGCUAUGUGUAUUAUGCUUGCGGGGUGCUAUGGAGGUUAUGUCGUUUGUCUCGGUUAUAUUUCGAAUAUUCUUCCUCGACCGGCUACCAAGCGUGCCGCAGCUCUAGCAUUAAUCAACUCCCUGAGCAACGUAUGCCAGAUCUACACACCUUACCUAUAUCCUAUCGCAUUUGUCGUGAACAUCGGUAUGUUAUCUAUGACAAUAUUCUUCGCAACCAUCAUGCGUAUGCUUCUUGCUCGAUUGAAUAAGAAACUGGAUGACGAGGAGGGUACGAAUCUGGGCCGGGAUGCGCACCAGCGAGAGGAACAUGGUCUGCCGGGUCAUGCUGCUGCUCAAGGGUUCCGGUUCUUGCUAUAA